UUUGGAAAACAACAUGGCGAAGAAGGAGUUUGUUUACAGGUGCUUCCUUUGAUUUGUGACAAACAUUGUUGACUUUCUAGGCUCUUCUGUGGCGUGUAAAGAUGAUAAGGACAGAGAAGAUCCUCCAUUUAAAAAACAACCGAGGACGGAGGCUCCGUGUGGUCCGGGAACAUUAUCUUCGGGAGGAAGUUCCCUGUUACAGCAGUGUGUGUCAGGCGGGAUGUCCCAACGGUGGUAAGGUUUUGCCAGGAGAUCUGACCCACUAUGUUGUGCCUGAUGUCGGAGUGGGGGUUGACUACCUGGAAAUCCUGGAGUUCCAAGAGAUGCAGGGAAUCAUCUUCACCCAGACAGUCUGUCAGGCUGUUCAGCACAGCAAAGGACGAAGACAAUACAACCGUCUGAGGAACCUGUUAAAAGACCCUCGCCAUGACUGUGUUCUGUUCUCCAACGAGUUCCAGGAGUACUCUUAUUGUCCACGAGAAAAGGGCGAGAGCCAGGAAGAAUGGCAGACAAGGUGUGUGUACUCUGCAGCUGUGUGGUACCAUAACCAUUUGGCCGGCCUAAUGGAUAUAGUGAUGAUCACUCAGGACCAGGACACUGUGACUGAGUACAGCAGUCUUAACUCUGGAGUUUAUGUCGUCUCAGUUCAGGAUUAUCUUAAGAACUUCUGGCCUGACCUGCAAGGGGCCCAUGAGCUUUACGCCUCUAUUUCUCUGGCACUGCAAGUAAAGGAAAGCGAAGGCAAAGAGGAAGAGUAUCGUGACCAUCUCCCGGCUGAGGUCUUGGACGCAGGAAUCAAGUCUGGACGCUACAUUCAGGGUACUUUAAAUGUCAGCAAGCACCGAGCGCAGACUGAAGCCUUCGUCAUGUUGGAGGGUUUUUCAAACAAAAGCUCAGAUAUUGGUUGGUGCGUGUUAGUGCACGGUGAUAAGGCUCGUAACAGAGCCGUGCACGGCGACAUUGUUGUGGUGGAGUUGCUGCCGAAGAGUGAGUGGAAAGGGAAGGUCACAGCCCUGACCGAAGGUCAAGGGGAGGAGAAGAGUGGAGAGGAUGAGCGUAAACCCAUGGCCACAGGUCGUGUGGUGGGGGUCCAGCAGAGGAACUGGAGAGACUACGUGGUGACCGUUCCUCCCAGGGAGGGGCCUCAGGCUCAGAGCAGGAACUUUCAGCGCAUCCUGACUGUUCCCUGGGAUCAUCGAAUACCAAAGAUCCGUAUCAGCACACAGCAGGCAGACACUCUACAGGAUCACAGAGUGGUGGUGCGCAUUGACUCAUGGGAAACCUCGUCUCUUUAUCCCAACGGCCACACUGUGCGGGUUCUGGGUCGGGCGGGUGAACUGGACACUGAGGUCCAAACGAUAGUUGUUGAGAACUCCAUCAGUGUUCCUCCUUUCUCAGAUGCACAGCUCAGGGAGAUGCCAUUGAACUCGGCUGAAAACCCAUGGACAGUAGACCCUGCCCAGGUAGAGGCACGUCUGGACAUCAGGCAGAGUCACCUGGUUUUCAGCAUCGACCCCAAAGGUUGUGAGGACGUAGACGACACAUUGUCAGUGCGCUGCCUGGCAGACGGGAAGCUGUUUGAACUGGGCGUCCACAUCGCUGAUGUCACCCACUUUGUCAAAGAGGGAUCACUCACAGAUCUGGAAGCACGCAGCAGGGCAACAACCUACUACCUGGCAGACCGAAGGUAUGACAUGUUGCCUGCUGUUCUGAGUUCAGAUCUCUGCUCCCUGCUGGGUGGAGUUGACAGAUAUGCAAUGAGUGUAAUAUGGGAGCUGGACGCUCACACCCUUGCUGUCAACAAAGUGUGGUACGGUCGCACCAUCAUCCGCUCCUCCUACCAGCUCCACUAUGAGCUGGCCCAGGCGUUGUUAAAUGGAGAGCAGGUGCCGGUACCUGAACUGGCCCAGGUCAGCCCUGAGCAGAAGGACAGUCGACUGGCAGAGCUCACGCAGGCUCUGGAAACGCUCACCUUUAUCGCCAGACAUCUGCGGGCGCAGCGAGACAGAGGAGGAGCGCUGGAGCUGGAGGGGGUGGAGGUUCGUGCUAAGCUUGACGAGCAGAAAAACAUCACUGCGCUUGUUCCCCGUCAGCCACUAGAGGUCCACGAGACCGUGGCCGAGUGUAUGAUCUACGCCAACCACUGGGUGGCUCGUAAAAUCCAAGAGACGUUUCCUCACCAGGCUCUGCUGAGGCGGCACCCUCCACCCAGGCAGGAGUUCUUCAGCCAGCUGGUGGAGAGUGCGAAGGCCAGAGGAUUCAACAUCGACACCACGACCAACAAGACUUUGGCCGACUCUCUGGAACGAGCUGUGGACCCCGAGGACUCUCUGGUGAAUAGGCUGCUGAGGAUGAUGACCACCCAGGCCAUGUCAGAGGCGCUGUACUUCUCUACUGGUGCUCUGACUGUGCCUGAGUUCUAUCAUUAUGGCCUGGCUCUGGACUGUUACACACAUUUCACUUCACCCAUUCGACGCUACGCAGACAUGGUGGUUCACCGCCUUCUUACUGCAGCCAUCGCUGAAGAAAAAGCAUUGUCAAAAAUGUUAGCCAGCAACAAGGAAGUGGAGCAAAUGAGUCAGCACAUCAACAAGAAGAACAGGGCAGCUAAGCGAGCUCAGAAGUUGUCAACAGAGUUGUUUCAAUGUCUCUUCUUCAAAGACAGAGACCCUCAGUCUGACCCACACUGCAUGGCCGACGGCAUCAUCUACUCCAUCAGAGACGACGGCGUCUUGGUCUUUGUACCAGAGUACGGCAUAAAGGCUCCGGUUUAUCUGAAGAACAGAGAGGGGCAGGUCGUGAUGGUCCAACAGGACGGCAGCUGUGAGCGGACGAGUGGCACCAUUCGCAGACACAGAGACCACAUCAGCACGACUUCCGCCUGUGGCACGUCUACCUUUAGACUGUUUGACCACAUCACUGUUCGUAUUUCCGUCAGCUCGUCACACUGCCACGCUGAUCGCAUACAUCUGGAGAUUAUCAGCAACAAACCGUACCAGAGCUCUCAGCCUGCACAACCACACACUGAGGCCCGCUGUCAGCUGGUGCGGGAGGUGGUGCGUUUGGCCGAGGAGGCGCAUCAGCAGGCCCAACAGAAGGAGGCUCGUCGCUCCAAAUUUUCCAGGGAGGAGAGGGAAUUCUGCCAAAGCAAGACUCCGAAUCUGUAUUCACUGCUGGAGGAGGUGCGAGAGCUGGCACUGAUGGACCUAGAGAUGGUUGGUCAGGUCUGUGCGACAACAGCAUAGAUCAGAAACUGAGGGAUUCAUUUUUAAUUUACAAGACUCCUGAACUGGAUUGCCUCUGGAGAAGAAGCUGCAGCUUAGAGUUUUUCAACAGCAAUUUCACUCAUUAACCGAAGCAGCAGUGAAUUAGCGAAGAGAGAUUUUUCCUACAGGCAGGAAUUAUUAUUAUUACAAAAGGAAUUAUUUUAUCAUUAGUCUUUAGAGGAAUCUUAAGCUCCUGAAUGAUGGCUGUUAAAUUGUUAAACAAAAUUAAAAAGUGACACUAGGGUUUUUUAUUAUGUUAUUUAUUUGACAAACAAAAACUGAUCAUAACAAUAACAUGGUGUCGCUGACAAAGAAGUAAAAUUAAAUUUCCAAUAGCUUUGAAUUUCAAAGCAAUGUGUGACUGACUGGACCAACCAAAAAAUAUA